AUGAAUAAUUUGACUAAACCAAAAACCCCUGAUACAAGAGAGAAGCCAUAUCAUUGUGAUGUCUGUGGUAAGUCAUUCGGUGAAGAAAGAGUCUUAACCAAACACAAAUGCAUUCAGAGAGGAGGGAAAUCACAUCACUGUGAUCGUAUUCAUACUAAGGAAAACCCAUAUCAGUGUGAUAUUUGUGGUAAAUCAUUUUCUGAUAAUAGCACUUUAACUAGUCACAAAUAUACUCAUACAGGAGAGAAGCCAUAUCACUGUAAUAUCUGCGGUAAAUCAUUCUCUCAAAAUAGUGCUUUAACUAGACACAAGCGUAUUCAUUCAGGUGAGAAACCAUAUCAUUGUGAUAUCUGUGGUAAAUCAUUCUCUAGUAGUAGCCAUUUGACUAAACACAAGCGCCUUCAUACAGGGGACAAAUUAUAUCAUUGAGAUAUCUGUGGUUAAU